CUCUAUAGCUUCACCCAUGUUCCUGGGAAGGGCAUGGGGAUAGUAGCAAAUUACUACAUCCGCCGCGGGACCCGUAUAAUUUCAGACGCUCCAUUGUUCAAGAUACCUAACUACACCAGCGACCAGGCUGCUAUAACCAGUUACGUUACCAAGGAGCUUAAGGGGAAAACUAAGGAUGAGCAACGCAUGUUCCUUUCCCUCUUUAAUGCCUACCCAGGAGAGUACAUGCCAUUCUACGGAAUCACGAAGACGAACGCGCUCCCGCUGGGGCCGGACUCAGAAGAUGCAGGACUGUUCCUGACCGUCGCACGGCUGAAUCAUAGUUGUAGCCCCAACGCGAAUCAUACCUGGAAUAGUAAUACCGGUACAGAGACUAUCCAUGCGAUCCGGGAUAUUCUCCGUGGGGAGGAGAUCACGAUCUGCUACAUCGGGUCGGAUAAAUCCUGUCGAGAUAGGGAGGGGAGGAGGAAGGAGUUAGCGGCUGUGUUCAAGUUCGAGUGCCACUGCACUGCCUGUGAUCUGGUGCCGGAGCAAUCUCUCGCGAGCGAUAAGCGGAGGGUAGAAAUAGAAAAGUUGGAUGAGAUUGUGGGGCAGGGGGAUCUGCUAUUGCUGAAUGCCUCCACGGCGUUGAAAAGUUGUAGGACGAUGCUACGUUUGAUGGAUGAGGACAGGAUAUAUGAUAAGAGAGUUUCGAGGAUCUAUUAUGAUGCGUUCCAGAUUUGCAUUGCGAAUGGUGACGUUGCGAGGGCGAGUGCAUUUGCUAGAAAGACGGUGGAGGAGAGAGUGCUUUGUGAGGGACCAGAUGCAGUGGGGUUGGGGGAUCAGAAGGCCUUCAUUGAGAAUCCGCAGAGUCAUAGACUUGCUGGAUUAUCCAACAUCUGGAAGACGGGUCUCGGAGAUAUUCGGGAAUACGACGACCAGGAGGAGUUCAACGUAUGGUUGUGGAAGAGG